AUGUCUUCCCUUCCUCAACCAAAUAGCGUCAGUGGUGUCAAGGCUGUCCCAAAGUUCUUGAGAGAUCCUUCUGCUUUGGAGUCUAUUUCCUCUGCGUUAUAUGGAAUAUCCUCUUAUGUCGCUUAUCUUCCCAACACUUUACGAAAAGUUACUUCGAAUUCUUCUUCAAAUGACCUUCAACCUUCUAUAAAUUAUUAUUCAGACUAUUCACAACAUCAAUUUUCUGGUGAUAUCGAUCCACAAUUGCAUUCAGUACCUGAUGGUGGUGGUCAUUUUGAGAAAAAGAAAUAUUCAAUUGUAUAUUCUGCAUUUGAUGAAAUUAUAUCAACAAAUUCUGCUUCACUUACAGGUCAAAUCAAUCAAUCCGUUCUCCUGUUAGGUUAUCAUGACGGUUUUCAGAUUUGGAACGUUUCAAGUCCCGAAAAUAUUCGUGAACUUAUUUCUUUGAGGGAUGACGAAAAAUACGGGAAAGUCACGUGUAUAAAAGUUAUAUCAAAUCCAUGUAAUACACCAAAAGAUACUCACGACAAAUAUGCGGAUGUUCGUCCACUGGUUGGCAUAGUCUGCGUACCAACACCAUCUCGAGAAAAUUGUCAAGAUUCAUUUACAAAACCAAAAAGUGUUUUAAAAUUUGUUUCGUUAAAAACACAUCAAAUAGUAAAGACAUUAGAUUUUGAGAAUGAGGGUAAUAUCGUCGGUGUAAAUUGUAAUGACCGUGCCAUUGUGGUGAGUCUCAUAAAUCCUGCAAGGCUUCAGGUUAUAUCACCUUUAACACUUGCACCACUAUUCCCUUCACCAUUGCAAGAUGUUGCAAUUCAUCCAUCCACGAAGUUUCCUGUAUUUGCUUUAGGUCCACGGUUAUUGGCCUAUGCAACAACCAGUAAUCCACCAGAAAUUAAUGGUAAAAAGGAUGGCUUUACAAUGGGUGAUAAUGAAGAAGUAGUUGGGUCAACUGGUAAAUAUCAAGAAGUUGCUAAAGGUGUCGCAAAAGAAGUCGUGAAUGGUGUUAAACUUUUAGGUGAUUAUGGAUUCCAAACAUUAUCAGCAUAUUUUGCAAAUUCGUCACCAAGCUCAUCUGUUGCCAAACCACAAUCCACAAUGCCCAUAAAUAUUAAAAAUCAUACUGGUGGUAUAAGCCCUGGUUCACGUGGUUCUUUCACACCUCAGAUUAGUCCAUCAAAUGGUUAUUAUUAUAAUUCAAUGCCGGGAAGUGUGGCUAGUAAUAGUAGUGGAGACAGUAGUAAUGGUUUCGAUUAUGAAAAAGAGAAUGGUGCUGUGGGUGCGAUUAUCAUUCGUGAUCUCGGUACCUCAUUCAGUGUUCAAAAAAAACAUUCUUCUGUUAUUGCACAUUUUUCUCCUCAUACACAUCAUGUAGGAUACAUGUCAUUUAGUCCAUCGGGUACCUUUCUAUUUUCAACUUCUGUUCAAGGACAUCAAUUUCAUAUAUUUGAAAUUCUUGGCAAACGACGUCAAGGAAUUAGAAAUAAGCGUUUAAAACAUGUAUACAAAUUAUCUAGAGGAUAUACUGAUGCUAUUGUUGGUGAGGGAGGUGUUGACUGGAGUAGAGAUUCAAGAUGGUGCGCAGUGGCGAGUGGUCGUGGUACAAUCCACGUUUUUGCCAUCAAUCCGUACGGUGGUCCCGCUCAUGUUCCUUCUCAUAUUAAAGGUUGGGUAAAUAAUGUAGAUGAAUCAUAUAAUACUACUACACAAUCUCCCGUGGUACGCAUUAAACCUCGUACACCUUUACCACCAGAUUCAAUGGAUAUCUCACAAGUAUCAAAUAUUCACCCUAAUUCACAUGAACAUUAUUCUUUCUCUCCACCAGAAAAUAAUUCAUCCGUUAAUGAUCAAUCACGUCGACCAAGUCAAUUACAUUACCAUAGUAAUCAAAAUAAUCAUUAUUCAUAUCAUUUAAAUGGUCAUCCACAUUCUACGUUUCCACAUAAUAUUUCUUCUACAUUCCCUGUACAUUGCAUAAAUAAAAUCCCAGGAAUUUGCGUUAAAUUCCUUCCAUCUUGGUCCAAUAGUUCAAAAUCUGGAUUGAAUUCAAGUAAUGGUCCAUUAGUACCUGAUUUACAUGCAAAGAGGCAAGCCAAAAGAAGAUCUUCACCUACCGCUACCGAAGGAAUUUGUUCUACUGGUGGUGGUGUUAGUUCUUCUUCUAAUAAUUUGGGGACAAAUAAUCGCAGAAGAACCCAAUCAUGGUCACAAAAUUCUCUUCGUAAUACAGUUAAUACUUCUGGAAAUGAUUGUCUUGAUGUAGAACAAGAUUAUAAACAAGAUGACAUUGGUUACCAAGAUAUUUGGAGUUUUCAUCCUGCCGGAAUAUUGACUUUACAUCGAAUAUGGAUAGAAGGAGUAGUAAUAGGUGAACAAUCAUCUCGUCAAGAAGAAACAAAUAAUUUAAUUUCUAUAGCCGGCACUCCAUUAGCUGGAAGUGCGGCAGCUGUUGCUAAUGUUGGUAGAGUAUUAGUAGGUGGUGCAGCUGGUAUGGUUGGUGGAAUUACUGGUUCUGUUAAAAAGGAAGUAGGUUCAUUAGAUAUGGUAACUAAUUAUGAAGAUGUUGCUGAAUGGCAACUUAUUCGUGGUAAUUCUUGGAAUGAAGUUAAAACUGUUAUUGAAUCACCUAAAGAAAAUGGGGAUAAAGAAAAUUUAAUUAAAAGGGAUGGCAAUCAUAAUUGGUUGGCUAAUGCUGAAAUUGAAACUCAUACCAGUUCAAAAAAUUCAUUGCCUCCACCUUUAUGGGCUACUCCUCAAUUCACACUCCAGACAUUUAUGACUGGUUAUAAAGAUGCUUUAAUUAACGGAACGGUUCCACGUUCAAAAAAGAUUGAAAUACGUAGAGAUGUUGUAGAAAGAGUUGAAUUAGUAGAAGAAGAAAAAGGGAUUAAUGGGUGGAUAAAUAAUAGAGGAAUCAUUAAGGAUCGUAAUAACAGUAAAAACAGUAAAGCUGUUCUUGUACCAGCUGGUAAAGCUAUUGGCAAAGGAAUAGGAGACAUGUCUGCAAAUUUAUCAACAGCUAUGAGUACCAAUCUUGGUUUUUCUCCUUCUAGUCCAACGCUUUCUGCAAUCAGUACUAAAUCUAACAAUCGUAUAUCUAAUAUAUCUAAUGGUUUUACUAAUGGUUCUACUAAUGGAUAUUCACAAUCUAUAGCCACAAUAACUCCUUUAUCUUUUGAAGACGCUUACCAUAUUCAUAUUGCAAAUAAUAUCCCAACUGCUUCCACUUCAUCAUUACCCCAAUCAUCUCUUUCUUCUUCAUAUGGUUCUUCAACAGUUUCAAGAUCUCCCAAGCAUAACCACAAAACUAGCAUUCCUAUUACUUUUUCUCCACUUUCUUCUUCUGCCAACACUUAUUGUGAUGAAAUUGAUUUUAAUAAAAGUGAAGCACAUGGUACAGACGAUAUUAGCGAGGAUGGAAAUUUCUUCUUUUCACCUGAUGGUGACAAUGAAGUGGAAUUACCUAGUGACAGUGUGGUAGAAUUGCUUCGAGGUGGUAAUGAUAAACAUGGAUGGAUUUGA